UUCAGUACAUCGUCCGUACAAACUGCACUUUGUGCCAUCUUCGGGAUGGAAUCCUGUCGGUACGCAGUUUCGUCAAUUCGAGCUAUCUCAACUUCGAAGAAGUUUCCAUUACAAACCAGAACUGCAAUUACUCUUAGUCUCGGUGUAUUCUCAAGCACGAGGAGCUGUAGAAUGAACUGUGUGAUGAAGUCCGAUGCUGCAGAAGCGACUUUGGGUUGUUCGUACAGAAAGUUUGUCGAUUUUGCUUUGGAAGAAACUGGAAAACAUGCCGAGCUAGUUCCUUCCUCGUUGCAGGAGAAUUUCAAUUGCUUGAUGGCCAUGGAUGGGGAAACAGAGCUUCAAAUGUGUUCCUCCGAAUCUCCUAAGAUUAGACUACUCCGGAGUUUGUACAUUGAAGGAAGUGAUGGAAUGCAGGUGUUGGAUUUCGCCAUCUUCCCCAGACAGGAGUUUGAUCUUCCAAUCUUUUGCGCCAACUUUUUCACUUCUGCAAACAUGAAUAUAGUUGUAUUGGACCUCAAUCCAUUGCAUGAUGUCAUCACCCAGCACAACUACAAGGAAAAGUACUACAAACACUUAUUUCAACUUGGACUUAAGUACACCGAGCUUUUUCCAUGGGGAGGAAAGCUUACUGCUGAAUCCAUGAACUUUUUUUCACCUAUUGUAAUUUGGACCAGAUUUUCAUCAAGCCAGCAGAAUCACGAUACAUUGUAUUGUGCUUUCAGGGAUUAUCUCAAGUCAUGGCUUGAGCUGAUGCAUCAAGCUUCGGAAGAAACCGACCUUUCCCAGAUUAGUAUCAAUCUAGAAGCACAACAUAGGUAUCUUAUGUGGAGAGCAGAAAAGGAUCCAGGCCGGCAACUACUGAACCGAUUAGUCGGGGAGACUCUCGCGAAGGAUAUAGUUAGGAAUUUUCUCUUCAAUGGAGUCGACUACCUCGGGAGCAAAGCGUUCAUCGAUUACUUUCCAGAGUACCGGACAGAUGAAGGAACUGUAAAUAGAAAGCGCAGCAUGGUUGGGAAAUUGUUCGAGAGCCGGCCGUGGGACGCAAGAGGUGAGUUCAUUGGUGAAGAUUUAUGAAAUAAUAAUGUCGAUCUAUUAAUUGCCUUUUGGAAGUUUUUGUAGAUGUAAUAACAUUAUGUAAUGUGAUUGUUUGUUAGAUAGAGAUAAUAAUGACCGAUAGAUAGAAUGGAUAGUCAUAGCAGCAAGUAGUUAUUAGUUUUUGAGCAUGCACAGCAUAUAUGUAUUGUAUAUGUAAUGUUACUUUUAUUUAA